AUGGGGAGAGGAUUCUUGUUCGCUGCCUUUCUCGUUGCGGUAGCAUUCUCCGGCUUGCCGUUGGUUGGGGAUGACAUCGCGUCGGAGGAGAAGCUCUUGGACUUGUACGAGAGGUGGCAGAGCCACCAUGGCGUGUCACGCAGCGUCGACGAGAAGCGCAUCCGCUUUGAUGUUUUUAAAGAGAACGCUAACUACGUGUUCGCGUCCAACAAGAAAGCCAAGCCUUACAAGCUUAGCCUCAACAAGUUCGGCGAUACGGCGAGGGAGGAGUUCAAGAGGACGUACGCAGGGACGAGGAUUCGUCGCCGCAGCACUCUCAGAGGAAGCGCGAACCUCAUAGGGUACUUCUUAUACAAGAACGUCACCAAUGUAACUCCCACCGUCGACUGGAGGCAGAAGGGUGCCGUCACUACGAUCAAAGACCAAGGCAAAUGCGGGAGUUGCUGGGCCUUCUCGACAGUAGUUUCGGUGGUGGGAAUAAACCAGAUCAGAUCCAACGAGCUCAUCUCCUUGUCAGAGCAACAACUGGUGGAUUGCGACACCAACACCAACAAAGGGUGCGAUGGAGGUAUGAUGGAUGAUGCAUUCGACUCCAUCGAAAGAAAUGGAGGGAUCACAACAGAGGAAAACUAUCCUUGUGUAGCUCGACAAGAACUAUGCAAAGUAAAAACAAUUCUGGAAAAACAAAAAGAAGAGAUCUAUUAUGACCAGGGUUGUUGGUGA